CACGGUGUUAGUUUAGAGUCAGAUACUGCAAGAAGUGGAUUAGAAAAGAGGUUAAAGAUGAAAAAGACUGGGAAAAAGAAUCAACGGGAAGAUGCUAUUAAUGGAAAAGAUGAAAAAGCGGGUGAAACUGUUCAAAGAGUUCCAGUAAAUUUCGGUCUCCAAUUUUCCGACUUGUGGGAAAAUCCGGAACUUGUAUUAACCAAUAUGGCGACCUCCAUAUCGAAAGCCGGUAGAGCAAUUCCAGAGUUCCUUUUAGCAAAGUUCCCGUAUGUUCAGGCAAUAUCAUUAAUCAUGUUGUUAGCAGAAAGAGCGCUUAAAAUGGAGAAGUAUCCCCCAAUGCAUCCCCACCUUAUUUAUGGGAUAGCCGUGGUUUGUUUCAUCACCGGGUGCAUGAUGACAGCUAAAAUUAAACUGAGAUUUGCUACACUUGUAUACUCCGCAGUACUUGUAUACCUCACCAUUAAUGCAUACACUAACAGGCAGUUCAACUACUCAAGACAUGUUAGGAAUCGUAUAGCAAGCAGACAUGCAGGAUGUUUAGGUGUAUACUUGAUUUAUUCAUUCAUCAAAAGCAACCGACAGUCUAACUUAAUACACAGGAUUGGAGAACUGUGUAUAUCAGCGUACCUCCUCGGAUCAGCGUAUCUAAUCAACGAAAGCUAUGAAGACAAGCGCGCAGUUCUUGAAAAUAUCCCUGGCGGGAAUUACGCGAGAUAUUUCUUAACCAUAAUCUUCACAUGUGCUGGACUGUGCUUCAUUUCUGGUUAUUUCCUAAGAGAUAUUUCCAUGUCGAUGGCUUUCUUGAUCGGUGCGAUAACAAUUUUAGUGGAUAUGAAAUUCUCGUACUGGUCAUAUCGUGGAAUGGCUUACUGGAACCAGAUGAGGAUUGUUAUAGAUAAUUUGAACCUGUUGACGGGAUUUUUUGUGUUCAUGAUUCAUUAUGAAAACAUCGCUAGAGCGGAGGCGGAAGCAAUACAGAGAGCAAAGGAGCAGGAAGAGCAGGAAUCUGAUGAGGAGCAUGAUAAGCAAGAGUGAAGUUUUAUCAUCGCUAAAAUAUCAUCUGUUUGAAUCUGGUCAGCAAUUUGUCAUUAACGUAGCAAUGCUCAAAGUGGCUGAAUUUUUUUUUUAUAACCAUCUUAAGAGUGAAAUCAAAAUGAUAAGAAUUUUACUUUGCACACAAGGCCAUGUAUAGCAUAAGUUCAAAAAUCUUGUGCCACCUUCUUGAAGUUGUAUAAAGAAGUGGCAGAGGUAUACCUACAUUAAAUUUUAUAAGCUUAAUUAUGUUAAAUUAUGUUAACAGGCUUUUUUUAAUUGAAAAUGAUACAAGAAAUUAGCCAGUAUUAAGUUAAUUAAUGCAAAAAAAAAUUUUUUUUACUCAGAAAUCCAUUUUUGUGUCGCCUCUACGGAGUAGUGGCGACAUAU